ACAGUAAACUACUGCGACUAAAAAAAACCUUAUGCCAAGAAUUAUUACAAGAUAUGAUGACAGGUUUAAAUGAGAUCCGCUCCACUGAAUCAGAUCUAAAUGGUCACAUGACAACAAGAUGUCGGUAUACAGCGCUGUGCUGCUGUUUAGUUUCAUUUCAACAGGCGCUGCUGUACUAACCACCAGUUUGAACGGAGUAUGGACUUUGACGGAAAAAGAAGAACACAACAUCAGCAUCACCGGGCAAGUUCCUGGCAGCAUGUACACCGCUCUGAUGGAUCAUAAAAUAAUCCAGGAUCCGUAUUACCGUGACAACGACAUCCGCUACCGCUGGAUUGGUCAGGCUGACUGGACGUACAGCCGGGUAUUCAAUGUCUCAUCACAAAUGAUGUCAAUGGCGAACAUAAAACUGGUGUGUGAGGGGCUGGACACAUUCGCCACGGUAACCAUAAAUGGACACUUAGUGGCAGAGACCAACAACAUGUUCGUGAAAUAUGUGAUGGACAUAAAACCCUAUGUAAAGCUAGGAGAGAACAGUAUCAGUGUGUCCUUCAAGUCGGCGGUCAAGCAAGCAGCGAUUCUGGCCAGCAACCACAGCUACUUGAUCCCGCCCGCUUGUCCAGUCCCUCAGUACAAGGGGGAGUGUCACGUCAACAUGGUCAGGAAGGAGCAGUGCUCCUUUAGCUGGGACUGGGGGCCGUCAUUCCCCACCCAGGGGAUAUGGCGAGAUAUUUACAUAGAGUCAUUCAACACGACAGCCAUUCGUAGCUUCACUGCUGAAACACUGAAAGACACUGAUGGAUCAUGGGUAAUUGACACAGAGGUACUCUUGGAUGUUCCUGAGGGUGAGACAGUAGAAGGCUCUGUCAAGAUCCGGUUUGAUGUCACAGGCAUGGGAAGCAAGCAGGUCCAUACGCUGACGUCAAACAACAACAAGAUCAAACAGAGGCUGCAACUAGACAGGGACUUCGUUGUACAAGAGUGGUGGCCAAAUGGUUAUGGAGCCCAACAUCUUUAUCAACUCUACGCUUUCUUCACAAGUUCUGAUGGUCGCACCCUAUCGGCAAAAAAACUGACCAUUGGUUUCAAAACAGUGGAGCUGAUGCAGGACUUUGUGUCUGGAGAUCCUAAACAAGGUAGAUCUUUCUUCUUUAAGAUUAAUGGAGUGCCCAUCUUCCUGAAGGGCAGUAACUGGAUCCCAGCGGACAGCUUUCUUGAGCGGGUGACCAAAGAGAGGCUGAGGAACCUGCUCCAGUCGGCCAGGGAUGUCCACAUGAACUCCAUGAGAGUGUGGGGAGGAGGGGUGUAUGAGUCGGAGGACUUCUACGAGCUGGCCGAUGAGCUAGGGAUCCUGAUCUGGCAGGACCUGAUGUUUGGGUGUGCUAUGUACCCCUCAGACCCCCAGUUCCUGUCCACGGUCAGCGACGAGAUCUCACAGCAGGUGAAACGUCUCAAGUCGCACGCUUCCUUACUUCUGUGGAGUGGGAAUAACGAAAACGAGAAAGCUCUACGACAAAGCUGGUACAACACAGAUGUAAACUUUACGCUUUACUACAAGGAUUAUGUUACUCUGUAUCAUGACACAAUUCAGCCAAUCGUCCAAUCAGAGGACUUGACUCAUCCCUUCAUUAUGUCCAGCCCUAGUAAUGGAAUCGAGAGUUUACAGGAGGGCUUUGUUGCCAAGGAACCAUGGAGUGAGCUCUAUGGUGACAUACAUGACUAUCGUUACAUGGACCCGUUCUUUGACCAAAGUGUGUACAGGGUCCCCAGGAUGGCCUCGGAGUACGGCCUCCAGUCCUUGCCGUCGUACGAGACUCUGGCCGAGGUUUACGCCGAGGAAGACAUGGACCUGUGUUCCGACAUGAGCGAGCACAGACAACAUCACCCACUGGGUAAUGUGCAGCUGAUGGCUGAAGUCAUUCUCUACCUGAACCUACCUAAUUCUCCAGACAGGAAACAAAAGUUCAAGGACACAAUUUAUGUCACACAGAUUGACCAGGCCAUUGCAAUGAAAACAGAGACGGAGCACUACCGGCGCUGGCAGAACCGACUGGAUGAGAGUGGGCGGGGUAACACAAUGGGGGCCAUGUACUGGCAGCUCAACGACAUCUGGCAGGCCCCCACCUGGUCCUCCAUAGAGUAUGGAGGAAAAUGGAAGAUGCUCCAGUACUUUGCCCAGCACUUUUUCUCUCCCCUGCUUAUCUCCCCUUAUGAGGAGAGUGGCAUGGCCAAGGUUUACAUCUGUGUAGAUGAAAUCAAACUCCAUGUGACCAGACACCCCCACACCCACCACCUACAGUUUGUGCCCAAUCCUCAGCACAAGGCCGGCUUUCUGUUUGGUUCCCCGGUGGAUUCCAACCCCCAGCCCCACUCAGUGGGACCGAAAGGCACACUGUAUAUCUCCAUGUACUCUUGGGCUAGCAUGGAACCACUGUACAACUGGACUCAGGAAUACCAGAUGAAUAUGACAUCCCAGCUUGUCUUCUCAGCCAACAUUAACAACAUGUUACAUCAGGCUGACUGCAUCAGAAGACAGAACUGCUUCCUGUUCUAUCACCUAGGCAACCCUCAAAAUGGCCCCACAGCUUGGCAGGCUCUCUCAACCUUUAGUGCAGUGAUUGGAUUAAAGAAAGCCAAAAUACAGGUUACAAACAUCAUUACUGUGAAGAAAGACCAAGUUUUCAACAUUACCAUCAGUACAUCAGCCAUCGCUCCAUUCGUCUGGCUAGACACCCCUGGAGUUCAAGGUCGUUUCUCUGACAACGGGUUCCUCAUGGUUCAGCGAGUGAAGCACCUGCAGUACUUUGCCUGGGAAUCAGUGGACCAGAACAAACUGGACGGCAGUUUGACCAUCAAGUCCCUGAUGGACAUUUACUACUAACUGAUGAACCAUAAAGUGGUGACAAUGUGCCAUAGAAAGGGUCAAGUGCAAUUCCCUCUGUAUUCAAUGGACCAGGACUGUGAUAGAUUAUUGCUCACACAUAUAUAUGUUUACCUCAAUAUCUAUACUUACGUGCAUCAACUUUUUUCAUUUUACCAGAGCUGCCUGAACUUUUGAGACCACCCCUAAAGCUCACACACACACACACAUGUAUAUCAUAUAUACAAUAUGUAUAUAUAUAUACACACAUGUAUAUCAAUGUUUUUUAUGAUGAAGGUGCUCAAACCAUUUUUCACUUUAUAUACAAUUGAUUUUAAAGCUUUAAUGUCUGAGUCUUUGUAUUUGCAAUACAAACACUAUGAUGAAAAUCAAUGCCAAGGAUAUUGAUUGUUUUGAGUAAUAUUUAAUACCAGUAAACUUAUAUCUCCAUAGUCA